AUGUUGAAGAUCCGAGAGAACAUGCAGCGCACGCAGCUCCCCACCUGCGCCGACAAAGUUCCCCUAGAUUGGGGUACCAAGGGUCACGGCCGAGUGACAGGUGGUCAGUGGCUCGUGAUAGGAACGGUGCACUUGCCCAUCACAUUGAUACCGCUAUGGGGUCAUCCAUCUGCGCCUCAAUACGAGAGAGAGCUUCUGCGCAAUCUCAUGACGAUGGUCUCUGUGGUCUGUAUUGGCACUCUCAGGGUCGUAAAGGUAGCGGAUACGUACGACUUCGAUGCUGCUGUCCGACAAUACUUCGAGGGAAAGAAGCGUCUGUUCAAGGAUGAAACCAUACGCCCUUACGAUCAUCUUCUUCUGCACUACGGCGAUGUACUUCGUGGCUUCGGACCCACUGCUGCUCAUGACGGCUCGUUCUAUGAACGUCAUAUCCGUCGUUUGCAUAGCUUCAAUAUCAACAUGAAGAGUGGGGAGCUCGAAGGCACGUAUAUGCGUAGCGCCGGGCGACAUGCGAACCUUCGCAGUGUUCUCUUGGACGACACUGCAGCGUCGACACUCUCUCACGUUUCCGGUUUGGUGGAGGAGUUCCGUCGGCAAACAUUUGUCGAUACCCGCGGUACCAGGCUCGGUAGCUUGAUGCUGGAGUCCGUGACGAUGUCGACCGCCGAGGGGGCGAAGUUUCUCCGCAAGGACGCUUCGGAGGUCGUCCUGUCGCCGGAAGUCUUAGAUCUCCUGCGGCCUUUCCUAGAGGUCUCAAGUCCUACAACGCCGUCGAACCAUAAGAACCAUGUUCGACUGAAGAUCUCGAACCCCGCUUCCGCGUUAUCCAUCAAGGCUGCAUCUUUCGGUGGAGCUCGGUAUUGCCCAGCUUCGGAGGUCGAGUGCGACAGCGACAUGAUCUACUCGCUGGAUGAUAACGCCCAAGACUCAUCACGAGGAGGCCGUCUACCUCUCGACAAAGUUGCUGCCGGCCGCAUCAUGUUCAUGUUUCUCCUCGGAGACUCGUCUAUACUCUCACCCCGGACGCUUUUUGGCGAAUCGCGCCCCCCUGCUGGUUCGUUGUGGGUUGUCAUCCGCCCAUACCAGGUGCUUGGUCCCGGAGAAGAACACCUAGAUGCCCAUUACCGAGCUGAAGAGUUUGGUGGCUUCUGCUGCAAGCCCGAGUUUCAGACCGGGCCUCCCAUCUUGCUCAAGAUAUCACGCAUUCUAUGUCAAGUGGCAAAAUUCCCCACUGAAUUUGCUGGUGUACCGUUGCUGCAUUUCUUGCCAUUGGCCAGGUUAACGAACGCCAUGCCUCGCGCCGAUGCUGAGGUCCUUGCGGAUGUUCUUACACCGCACGAUGAAUGA